UCCUCAAUUUCAAAGUUAUAUGAACACAUUUUAUUAUCAUAUAGAAGACAUAGAUUAUGAUAAUAAUUUCCGUACAUUGUACCUAUAAUCGCACGUAAUCGUGUUUAUAGCUAACCAUAUUUCAAUAAAGAUGGAGUGCUCGAUCAACAACUAGGACUUUGGGAGUACAAUUUGUCUCUUUUAAUAAAAUACAUGUAGCUUGUGUUGAACGAGAAGGAAUGGCAUGGAAUGGAAGUAAAGAAAACACAACCCGAUCUACUAAUAUCAAAAGAUAUACAAGUUGAUAUGGACGACCUGAAAUUUAUGUGGGUUUAAAAAGUACAACUGAAAUUACGUACGGAAGUCAAGUACUGAUUCUAAUCAUCAUCAUGUGGGAUCAUACCAAGGACUGUAAUGUAGUCAAAAUCGCGUUUCUACGUAGAAAUGUUUUGAUGAUCUAGAAGCGUAAAAUCAUAAGUUUUUAAAGUUUUAAAGCGCGUUUUUAACUACAUUAGCUAUAAAAACUUAUAGCUAUUGAACAUGAUGUUGGAGCAUCAUCUUAUAGACUUGAAUCAAUUGUUAGUUUUAGGAUUUUACAGAAUUCAAGUCACGAAAUUUCUUGACCGAUCAACGACACCGAUAUCUGGUCAUCAGAUACCAUAUUACAUAACGCCUAAUACGUUAUACAUGUUGCAAAAUGGAAAACAUGGAAGUUUUAAAGUGUGUGAAAGAUGGAAUGGAAGCCAAAAAAUGACACAUAUGUAAAGGCAACCAAAUGUGGACGGACCAACAAUCGACGUCAACCAUAUGGCCUCUUGGUUCGUGACAAAUUAAAUUCAACUGUCGUCCUCUAUAUUAUAUAUAUUCCAAAUAUUAAAGUUUCAACUACUUACUUCAUUCCUCGCCUGCAUAUAAAUCUGUUGAAUUCCUGCUGUCUUUAUUUGACCAAAUGUUACAUUUUCCAUUCUUGGCUUAAGCACCAUCAAUUGGUACACAUUUCCUUGUCCGUGUAUUUGUAUAGUUUCUCAAACUAGGUAGUAGUCAAAGUCGCCUUAGCCUUCCACGAGCUUGAAUACUUUAAUUUAACUAUACACACACUCGUUGCUUUUCAUAAAUGAAAAUAACGGCUAACUACCAAACCUACCUAGCCAAUACUGUCGGGCACAGACCAGAUAUUGAUUAUUAGUGGUGGCAUUGGUCAAAUCUGUUGUUUUAUAGCAGUACCCUUGAGUUCAAUUACAAUCAAUUGGAUCGGUAUAGCCGAUCUAUGAGUUAGUGAUCGGGUUAUCUGUUUUAUUAUUAUGACUGAUUUAGUCAUUACUUGGCGUUGUUGUAUGAUGAAAAAUGUUCUCGAGUUUCGGUUGGACUUAAUCUUGACGAUUUCCAUCGUCCUAUUGUAUUUUGAAGUUCUUAUUAUCAGUUCAUUAACUUUAUAAAUAAUUUCCGGGUAUCUUAGAUGGUUGACAAUAGUACUCUUAUGCGUAACUAUAAAUUAUAGCUACAGCUAGUCAACAUUAUUGUACCAUAAAACACCAUGGUUGUCCUAGUUGUCGAACAGGUUACUAUAUAAUACAGAUAUAUAUUGGUCUCUUUACUGAAAUCAAAACCAGUCAUGAAAUCUCUUGUUUUGUUGUUUUUUAUCAAUGAGGUUGGUAGGGAACGGCGGAUCCACAUUAAUCCUAUCCAACCAUCAUCACGUCAUGAAUCGGCUCUUAUCUAGAACUACAAAAUGGUUGAACCAAUAUGGUCAUCUGAAAUAUAUUUUGGAUUUGGUUCGACCACAAAAUAGUGUAAAACUACGAUAAACUUUAUGAAAUUGACGGCACUCUCUAAUACUAUAAGUCGUUUCAUAUGUAAGUGAAUACUAUAACAUUUGUUUCGAUUUUUUUUGCCAGUUUGGAGGAUUUCUAUAGCAUCUUAGAAUAACCCAAUAUUUAUGUGAUACAUAAACAAUAUUGAGAAUUAAUUGAUGUAAGAUUAACACAGUUUUCCGAUGAAAUCUUUGUUUUCCAAGAAUUGUGAUUUAUCGAAUUGUACGUCAUAACUCUACAUCUCAACAAAACCAUAUACCGAAUUGUACGUUAUACCUCUACAUCACAUAAGAACGUAAAUCAUAUAUAUGGUCACCAUUUCCAGGAAUUGUGAUUUAUCGAACUGUAACACCUUAAUAACAAGAGGAGAGUAGUUAAGCUUAAGCCCCCUGCUGCCCCCAUCUAUAUAUGCACUCAUCACUUACGUAAUGGUGACUCCAUGAUUAGUCAAUUAACUAGAACAAUAAGAAGUCAAAUAAAUAAAUUGACAUAACUUGUUUCAAACCCACAGAAUUUCAAUUCCCGUUCAGGAGACAAAAGGAAGAAACAAACAAAGAAACAGUAAUAAUCAAAGACUUAUUGAUGAUGAAAAUAAUAGAUGGAAUUUUUAGUCCAAAUCCAACCAAUUUAUCCUACGUAGAUCUAGAUGAAUUAAAAUGAUCGAAUCCGUCAUCGUCAAGAUAAAAAAAACAACAAUUAACAUAGUCUGAUUUAUUUUAUUCUUACAUGGUUAUUAAAACGAGUGAUUUAUGUUUAUAUUCAUGGUAUUACGAUUUUCUACAACUCAUUCAUGUAUAUGAUCGUUUCAUAUAUGAAACUGUAAAAUGUUUAAUUUCGUAGCUUCGAUUUUGCGCUUGAAAGAGACCAGACUCCCUUGACAUGUAUUACAUUGAGCAUCAUUUUUUCGAGUUGAGACAAUUUAAAUCAUUGAUAUUCCUUCUAUAUUAAAAUUUUGAUUCCUCGUACACGUAAAUCUAGCUUCAUCAAUUUAUUAGUAUGCGAAUGUAAUUGGAAUCUCGACAUUUUUUUAGCAUAAUAAAGACCUUAAAAUUUCCGAGUAAAAAAUUGUAACAGUUAUAUGCUGCCGUCCACGGUGACGGUAACACCUUUGUUCUUAUUCCCCGCGCCAAGUUCUAGAAAACGAAAGCGCCAAAAGAAAAAUCUCCCGCACACGUUGCGGUGGCAGCUGCGUAAAUCCUUCGGUCUUCCAGGGGCCAUUUUCCGCCCAUCAGAGAUGGCAAGUGUUGUUAAAUAACCAGCCCAUCCCCCAUUAAAAUAGUCUGUAGAAGCAAGCAAACCUGGAGUCCCCGAUUGAAUUGACAGAGUGAUUGAUGAAUGAAUUGAGAAAGAGAUUUGAAAUCCCGUGAACAGAAAGAAAGCUAGAAAGCAACUAAGAAGAAGAAGCAAAAGCCGACACUUUCGCUGUUUGCUUGACUCCAGAAGAGAAGAAUUAUCUGUACCAGGGACGGAGCCGAAACCCCAGCGGAGAUUUGAGGUGAGGAAGUGGAGCCACCGAUCCAUGUCUGUCAUUUUGCGAUUUCUCAUCUGGGUUUUCAUAUCCUCGGCCUAGAUUGUCUGUAAAAUUCGGUUUCUUGUCUAGUUCCCUUUGGAAUUCUGUGUUCAAGUUCGUUGCUUUGUGAUGGAUUGAACGAGUUUUGAGAUGGAUUCUUGUUGGGAGUUUUGGGGCUCACGAGAUUGAACCAAAAGUUGAUUCUUUUCCCGUAAUGGGCUGUUGCAGUUGCUUUCUGGGUUCUGUUUUUUGGAACUGAGAAAGUGAUUGUUUUGAGAAUGACCUCUGGCUAUAACUCAUGGAGAGCAGAUUUUAUCUUUCUUCCUGUUCUUAUACUUUCUUUUGUGUGUUUAUGUAUCCUCCGCCAUGUUUUGCUGUCUUUUUGUGUGAGUUCUGAAGAUUUCAUAGCUUUGGUUGUACUCAUCUCUUGGCUAGCUACUUUAUAGGUAGGUUGCUUUCAUUUGAUCAAAUAAGGUGGAAAUCUUCCCCAAUUUCUGGAUCCAUGAUUAGGUGGCUUCAUUUCUGCCCUAAUCUGCCAAGAAUUCUUGUGUGUAUAGUUUGUUUGAUUGAUCGCAUAGCUGCAUAGGCCUAUCCCUUUUUGCUUAUGUGCGGUUAAUGUUUACUCAUGUGGUGUCGUGAAAUGCAGUGGUGUUUUGGUGUUUACUCACGGUUCAUCAAUUCAUUAGAAAUCUAUCAUUUCCAACCGUAUACUACUACCUUGUUGCUAAGGCUAGCCUGUUUUGGAUUGACCAGCUUUACGGUCAAUUGUUUUGCUAGUGGCCAUCAGCAUAUCUUGUUUUUAUUAUCUUUUAUUGACUGUUUGUUUGACAAUUCGAGAAGAAAUUUGGGGCGAAAUUUCUUCGGUCCAUCAUCCAUUACACUGUUUGCUAGCAAAUUAAAAUAGGACCCUAGUGGAAGUGGUUUCAUCCAGCUUGGUUUCUUCCAUCUAUCCUGGACAAAUCUGUCUUCUGCAUCACGUGCUUUGCAAUCUUGUUUGAAUCUAAUGUUCAUGCCAUAUACCGAGUCUUAUGAAUUUUCUCCUGCUGCAGAUAUCGAACAACCCUCUUCCAAUUAGCCCCCAAGAGAGAGCCACUGGUGUUGCCUGGUGAAUUUGCUAAAAAAAGCUCAUUGCUUGCCUGAGUUUCUCACGUCAUCCCGUGCAUUCCUUUUAAGAUGACAACAUCACAGAAGCGUCGAAGAGGAUCAGCAGCCAUCCAUGGCUUCUACCACCAACCCACGAAAGACACCGACCCGUAUAGUCUCUCACAGAUCCAACUCCUUGACGAAAGCAUGUUCUCGGUUGACACAAGCCAAGGCCCCACCAUCUCCUUCCAAACCUACAAAGAUGAAGAAUACUUCACCCUCGAAUCAUCCCCAGCAACCACCAGCAGUAACUUCUUCAUCUACGAUUCACCAGCUCAAAGUGUCUCGUCUAGCAGCAGAAGCCCUAUCUCCCCACAAGCCUCGCAUUCUUGUCUCACCGAUCCUCACCAUUCUCCUGAUAACACAUAUGGCUCUCCUGUGAGUGGAUCAUCCUCUGCUGAUGAAGACCAUUUCCUCCGCCAGAAGCUUCGUGAGAUGGAGAUGUCACUAAUGGCUCCUGAAUCCGAAGCCACAGACAGCUGCAACUUCUGCUUCGCUGGUGCCCCUCAGCACCAAGCUGGCCCAUCUUUGGCCACCUCGAUGAUCCCCAAGCUAGACAUCAAACAAGUCUUGGUAGCAUGUGCUCAAGCAGUUGACAUAGUUGACAUCAGCAGAGCAGCAGGGCUAAUGCAUGUCUUGGAACAAAUGGUAUCAGUCUCCGGAGACCCAGUCCAACGAGUUGGCGCUUACAUGCUUGAAGGCCUUCGAGCGAGAUUGGAGCUCUCUGGAAGCAAAAUCUACCGAGCAUUGAAAUGCGAGUCUCCCAUAAGUUCGGAUCUCAUGUCGUACAUGGGGAUACUCUUCCAGAUUUGCCCGUACUACAAGUUUGCCUACGUGUCAGCCAAUGCAGUCAUCCGAGAAGCAAUCCAGUACGAGCCGAGAAUCCACAUCAUUGAUUUCCAGAUAGCUCAGGGAAGCCAGUGGAUCCCAAUCAUCCAGUGGCUAUCACAACGUCCAGGUGGAUCCCCAGUACUUCGUAUAACAGGAGUAGACGAUUCUCAAUCCGCGUAUGCUCGUGGAGGCGGGCUGCCCAUAGUCGGCCAGAGGCUCUCUAAGCUGGCAGCCUCGCUCAACGUGCCGUUCGAGUUCCAUGACACAGCAAUGACGGGUUGUGAGGUCCAUCAGGAGCAUCUGAUGGUCCAGCCAGGCGAAGCAGUGGUGGUCAACUUCCCGUACAUCCUCCACCACAUGCCAGACGAGAGUGUCGACACGUGGAACCACAGGGACAGGCUCCUCCGACUGGUGAAGAGCCUCUCCCCCGUGGUUGUGACUUUAGUAGAGCAGGAGUCCAACACAAAUACGACUCCCUUCCACCUCAGGUUCCUCGAGACACUGGACUACUACACAGCCAUGUUCGAGUCGAUUGAUGUGGCUCGACCGAGGAACGACAAGGAGAGGAUCAACGCCGAGCAGCAUUGCGUGGCAAGAGAUAUAGUGAACAUGAUUGCAUGCGAGGGCGGCGAGAGGGUGGAAAGGCACGAGCUUUUGGGGAAGUGGAGGUCGAGGUUUCAGAUGGCUGGAUUCCAGCAGUGUGGAUUGAACCCUGCGGUGAGUGGUGCUGUGAGAGAUGUGUUGAAGGAGUAUGAUAGGAAGUUCAGGGUUGAGGAGAGGGAUGGUGGGUUGUAUCUUUACUGGUCGAGAAGAGCUAUGGCCACUUGUUCUGCUUGGAGAUGAAAGAUGAGGAUACCCCUUUACAGUUAGGUGAUGAAAAGAUGAUGGCAUCUGUAAAUUUUUUUGGUCAUGGUGGUUUUGUUGUCUGUUUUUCAGAGGGUAUGAAAUGAGAUUAGCCUGUUGUGUUUUCUGAUGCAAGCAAUAGUUUGUUGGUAGAGAAUGGUUGAUCUUUGCUUCGCCAUUUUUCCAGUUUCUGGUCCUGAUUCUGCAAGGAGCAAUCAGGCCAUUGUAAAUACUUUAACCGGAUUGAGCGUGAAAUGUUUGUAUGCUGUUAAACUGGUUUGGAUUCGCCCAUAUUAUAAUUUGUUUCUUGAGAACAAACAAAUUCAGUGACUAAAUUGAACCUACGCAUAAGUUCAGUGACCAGCAGAGCCAUAAUUAGUCCUUAAAAAAAAAAAUAUCAUAGGUUAUCUCCCGGUCAAGCACUUGUGUAUUCUCAGUUUCUCACACAAGACGAGCAUCUCAACUCAUGUAAAUGCUUAUCUAAUGAUAAGCAUACCUAGAAACCUAUAUAAGGAAGGUUUGAUCCUUCAAUUCUAAACUACUAAGCAUUCAUAGACCCCUUCAAUCGACAUUUCAUUAAACAUAUCAGACGAUAAUCAGUAGGACUUGUAAUGACGAGGCUAACAUUGGUAGACUUUAAUGUAUCAUGGAUCUCUCUCUUAAUUGACCACACACUUAUCAUCUUGUACAAGAUGAGCGCCUUAACUCAUGUUUAUGUCUAAGGUAAUUCCUAACUUUGUUCUAGAACUAUUAAUUAUAUCUUUAAAUUGAACUCAAUCAACAAAGCUUUCAUAGCUCAGUUGGUUAGAGCACCCGUUUAGUAAGCGGGAGGUCUUGAGUUCAACUCUCAAUGAAAGCAAAUUAGCAAUUUUUUCCGGUCUUUCCUCUUUUGGGCCCAAAAUGCUAUCGAAGCCCACCUCACCAGGCCAAACUAACAUAAGGAUUCAAAACUGGCACUCGGCCCACCGAGCAACAAAACCCUAGUAGCAGCUGCCGCGAAAUCUACCUUCUUCUUCUUCUUCUGCUUUUUUUCCCGCAAAUUAGCAAUUUUUUCCUUUCCCUCUUCUAAUUCUCUCAACCACUGUCUUGUAUCCUCUCAACCACCGUCGCCGAUCUGAGAUCUCCAUUCCUUUUCUUCCUGUUCUUCCCCUUGAUUUCCCUUAUUUUCUGUAAGUCGAUUUGAAUUUCACGUUUUCCUGUAACUGGUAUCUCUUCUACAAAUUCCGACGUGCUUUACUCGUAAAUUCGGAGCGAGCCGACGAAAGUCGAAUGCUUGUAAAAUCCGGAGUAAACGUCGAAUAUCGAUGGCCCCUUCUCCGUGUAGCGUUGAGGUGCUCCUUCACCGGAGUGUCUCCGCUGGGCGGUGUACUUUUGAGGGACUGGUCUCAUUCUCAUGAGCCUUUCGGAGCGGCGUCGCCGCCGUUACCUACUGGGACUAGGCAUGAGACAAACAUUCUUUUUAACUCAUUUUCGUUUUUUCACUAAAAAAAGCUCCUUGGUUUGAUGCCUGUGAGGAAAUCUGUUAUAAAAGAACACCAUCUUUCGGGACUGAAUGGCCCUUCAACGGGGCCUUGCUGUCAAUUCUGCAAUUCUGAGGCGUUGUUCAAGAAGUCUGAAACUUUGUAUUGUUGGUUUUUAUUGUUUGUUUGAUUUUCAGAGUAUCGGUAAUUGAAGCAGGAGGUAACAUGGAGUUCAGAGAUCAUGACCUGCUGUUCCUGUGGUAUAAAACCAAUGGAAUAUUUCCAAUGAUGAAUGAUACGUUUUUCAUUGCAUUAGUCCAUAAGGAGCAUCAGGAUCAUGAUCAUGCAUUCUUUCUGUUCAGACCUAGAACAGAGUUAUUGAUUCCAUUGUCAAAUCUGUUUUUCUUCUGCAGCGAAGAUGAGGAAGCCUUAUAUGCUAUGUGGGCGAGUAUCUGUGAGCCUAGUAUCAUAUUAUGAUGGAUCAUUGUGUACUUCCAUUCUAGAAGUCGACAACCGAUGGAAUGUUUGCAUGGUCCGAGAUUGGAGAGCUUCAAUGGAGUUGUUACAAGAUAGAGGAACUGAGUGUAGAUUGUAAAGGUGUCGAUACUGUGAAACUAUGUAUGACUAUCUUAUGUUCGUUUGAUUCAAUAUAUUUACAUUUGUUGU